UAUACAGAAGUGGCCUAUAAAGGAGGGAACGCUUGUUUUCUAUCCAUUCUUUGAAUAGUGGGCCUAUUAGAUGGCUAAGAGCAGGUUAGUUAGACUAGAUUAGACUAGGUUAGAUUAGAUUUAGGUUGGUAACCUUGACUGCGAGGCUCCUAGAAAUCGCGAGGCUUUUAGUUGGAGGUUAGACAGUGAGGCUUUUUUUUUGUAUAUAGGUACCUGUAUUUAGGUAAAGCAGUGUUAGUAGCGGUUAGGGGGUGUGUUAUAGGGAAAUAAGUGGAUCUAUAGCCCCUGCUAAGCCCUGUUCUUGCACUUAUAAAUAUUACUCCUCCUGGGAGUAUUUUGUUUCCUAGAUUGUCCCGAACCUUCACUUUCAUAUCUUGGUUUUGGCCCGUGACAGAAUACAAUUCAACGCUACUACCCCCUUCGAGAGAUGACUACCACGAUUCCUCCGCUCGCCAACUUGUGCGAAAGAUGCCGAGUCCUCGAGUUCGACGACUCGGCUUGGCCGGGCGCGCAUCAGGCGGGGUCUGAGGCGGAAGGGUACUAUCUCGAAGGCCCAAUAGAUCUGUAUAAGCCCUCAACCUGGUCUUUGAAACUCGACUAUUCCAUGCGCGAUUCAUUGCCAGAUUUGCCACGGCUCGAGCAUACCGCAAAAGAUGGGUGCGGCUUUUGUGCUGUGUUGAAAAAGAGCAUUCAGAAGUAUGCGAAAGCUUGCUUCGAUGAAGUGCUAGUCUCUCUCGGUUAUCAAUGGUACCCGUAUAACAAGAUGAGCUGGAUGGGGGGCCCCAUUGGAUUGAAGUCGUUGAUAGCUCAGCUGCAGUGGGUGGUGCGUAUUGAUAAUAAUGGCGAUCACCCAAACACGUCGACGCUGCUACAUUUUGGCGUUGACUCGCCUUCAAGUCCCUGUGCCCAGUGGUUACGACUUGAGUCGUCCCCUCGUGAUGAGACUCUAUCCCCUGAAAACCUUGACAUGAUCUUGAAUAAUAUUAAAAACAAUGACUGCGUACGAACAACCACAGAAUCCACAUCCACAUACCCAACACGUCUCAUCGACAUAGGGGAUGAUGAGUCUACGUCAUGCCGACUUGUUGAGACAAGCUUAGAUGCUACAUUCGUGCAAUCUCCUAACAUUCCAUACGCUGCCCUAAGCUACUGUUGGGGCUCUCCGGAAGAUUCCACUCGGCAGUUUAAGACCAAGAAAGACUCGUUAGAUGAAAGACUGAAUGGCUUCGAAUUAAGCGAGGUUUCGCCAAUCCUUCGUGAUGCUAUUAUCGCCACGCGAGCCCUACGGAUUCAAUAUCUCUGGGUGGAUGCUGUCUGCAUCAUCCAACACGAUUCAAAGGACUGGGAGAAGGAAUCAUCUCGAAUGUCCGUUGUGUUUCAAAAUGCCACAGUGACAAUUUGCACGCCUGUUUCAACGUCCUGUCAACAGGGGUUCCUAACUAGAGACUGGAUUAUGACAAGUAUAAAAUUCCAGUCGAAGAUAAACACAACUCUAUCUGGAUCAUACAUCGUCCGGCUUCUUGGCGAAAUAGAUGAAGAAUACCAUGCGGCGUAUGAAUGUUUCAAUUUUUCCGCUCUAUUUAGCAACUGGGCUCGUCGUGGAUGGGUGCUUCAAGAGAUCGAAUUGUCUCAGCGACUGGUUAUUUUCGGUAGGACGAAAGUACAUGUUGUUACCGAAAAGGGGACACAUUCAGAAACAAAUGAAGCAGUAAAAAUACUAUACAGUUCCCGCGAAGCAAGAUUUUAUCAACGUGGCCGUAAUCACUGGGAAAAAUAUAGGUAUUGGGCAAGGCUAGUUGAGCGAUAUUCGACACGAAACUUGGCCUAUCGCUCCGAUAAACUUCCCGCAAUAUCAGGUCUAGCAAUCCCGUUAUUGGAUGGUUCUUCAAACCGUUACUUCGCUGGGCACACAAUCCUGCAUGUGGAUUUAUUCUGGUUUAUGGACCAUCUAAGUGGUUCAUAUGGACCCGACUUAACCAUGGACCAGAUGAUCAACUCUCUAUACAAUCAGCAGCAAUACAUCGCACCGUCGUGGAGCUGGGCCAGUAGGGUGUCUCGGAUUGUAUUCAGCGACGAGAGAUUUGGGUUGAUCUCAGAUAAAGAGCCCUCAGGUAUCAAAAAUGAAUGUGGUAUUAAUUGCGAGAUCUCAUUAAGUGGCUUGAAUCCAUACGGAGCCGUUGAUGGUGGGAGCCUGACUAUCAAUGGUGUAGUUGUUCCUCUUGUAUUACGAGUUGAACACCCGUCUCGGAUACUUCUGGAAUCAGCAAACAAAAAUGGCGGUUACAUUGCCGAUAUGCGCUUUGAUUGGAAUUUGUUUGAAAAUAUAGGAUCGUUUGAGGGACUUUCUUUAGUCCUAAUUGGAAGUAAGAAGGUUGAGGAGGACUUCAUUUGGGACGACACUCGGAUAAUCAUUUUGGUAGGGCAGGGGGGAAACAUAUAUGGACCCAAGGAUAACUGGAUUGUCGGGGGAAUUCAAGGUCACAAACGCGUGAACUUUCUGGACGAUAAAUUGGUCCACGGAAUACUUCCUAUGGCCGAGAAGCUUUCAGACAGAGCUUCAUCCUCUUCCGAGCCGGAUCGAAAUACACACCUCGGCGAAGACGAGGAAAGAUGUGCUUAUGGUAUAAUAGUCCAUCCUGCUCCGGAACCGGGAAAAUUUCUUCGGGUUGGCGCAUUCUUUUCCGUGCCUCGGGAGUGUGGUGGCCUUGGAUACUUUCGAAGCCAUCCGACUCGGACGAUAGAGAUUAUCUAGAUUCGCGACGAUUCCAUCACCUUAGACCUCUACGGAAAAGGUGUGUUUGACAGUCAUUAGAGGAAUAAUCAAGCUCUAUGGCCUUUUCACUAACCAAUAUUGGAAAGACUUGCUAUCGUGUAGUUUAUCACAUUUCCUAGUGUAUUGAAUUAACUGUAUUGGGGAUCGGCCCUUUCUGCUAGGGAGUUAAAGUGGCGAUGGCGCGUUUAAUGUGGUUUCUUGAGUCAAAUCACCGGACAUACCAACGGACUUAACGAGUGGCCGAUUUGAUAUUUUAUAAGGUUAUUGCGUUUUAUCUCGUCAUCCAGUUGCUUUC